AAAUUAGAGUCACUUGCGGAUUUCUUCAAAUUGUUGUAGUGUAGUAUUGUGGUUUUUCAGUAAAGACCCCGACCUAUAAAUAUUCACAGCCCGGCUCAUACGGGCGGACAAUAUUCACCCAGAGCCCCGUUGCGACCGCAAUGCUGUUCUUGAAGGACCUUACCUUAGAGCAAAAAAAAGGGCAUAGAAGUUAGGAAGACUACUGACGUAGGGCGGCGGGUGAGCUCAACCUCGAACCAAACAAGCAACGGAUUGAGCAACUAGCGCGAAAGCCGUUGCGCGUUAGCGCAUCCGUUUUCUUGCUCCAUCGUUAUUAGUUUCUAUUCUCUCCCUGCACGAACCUCGGUCCAAUCAAUUUGUUUGGAAUUGGGGUUAGGACCGGUUAGAACUCCCAGUUCCCGAUCGGAGGUUUGAGCUGCUAUGGCAAGCUUUUUUUCCGAAUAGUGGGUAUGGGGAACCCACCGUACCAACACGAUUGGCUGGUGUUGCUGAUACCGGACCCGUUAUAACCCCGAUUGGAAGGGCAGGCCAGUCUGAGGCUCUGGGGAUGCGAGGCCAUUGAAAGUGAGUAUCCCAUAUUCUAUGACGGAGAUAGAGCAUUAAUUGCAGUUUUCACCCCACCUUAACGACCGAGCGAGGGAUGAAAUCUUUCGACGACUAGGGAGGCGUCACCCGAGGCCGAUUCCAGUGGAUCACUAUAGAAUCUUCUAGAAGCAGGUUCUCCGGGCACUAUGGUAGGACGUGGAUCGAUCAUGACGAGAAUGGACUUCUCCGUCAUGUAAUGGUUUAGAAGAGUCACGGUCCUGUUCCCCGCCGGGCUUUUUCCCUUCUCGACUAGACGAAGGAGAUAUUCAUUCCAUUCAGGCAGGUGAGGAAGGGCGGCGUCGGCUUGACCCUGUCUUCUCUCUUGGUCGGGUCGGAGGCUAAGUUUCUCAUUCAGUGGUGAGGUGUUCAUAGAAAGCAAGGCCUCGCCCAACGAGUGGCGGAUUUGGUUUGGAUGGGGUCUCGCUUGGACGCUGGGGAGAUCCAUAGAUCUGGAUAGAGUCUUUCUCGCUCAGUAAAGAAGAGUACGCGCGCUACGGCUUACGCAGUGGAUCUUCGGGCAACCAACCCGGCACAUCCAAUUCCGAUCAACAACUUGGAGGUAUGGCUGAGUGGCUUAAGGCAUUGGUUUGCUAAAUCGACAUACAAGAAGAUUGUAUCAUGGGUUCGAAUCCCAUUUCCUCCGGCACGGAAGUAGAACGGGCGGGCGAAAUUACGUGAGAGAAAGAACCUCAGAUUGAUGGAGUCCGCCGUCGGACAGAAUAGCUGCUUAGUGACUAGGAGCGGAGCGCCCCUUUCUUGUUCUUGGUGGCGUCUAUAGCGAAGAAGACCUUCCCGAACGAGGGCCGUCCAGUCCCUGGCCGGCUCUCGGUUCUUGAGCAAGCUCCUCCACUGCAGGUAGGAUGCUCAUAGAUGAAGAAAAGAGACUUUAGGCAAGUGGUUCUGGUAGCUCAGCUGGUUAGAGCAAAACAAGCAACGGAUUGAGCAACUAGCGCGAAAGCCGUUGCGCGUUAGCGCAUCCGUUUUCUUGCUGGACUGCAAAUCCUUUUUUUCUUGUUUUAGUGGGAAGAGCAAGGGGCAUUGCCCUGGAAAUCCUUCAGUGGUUCGAAUCCACAUCUGAGCGUCUUUUUUUCGGUAUGCCGCUCCGCGAGCAAGGAGCGCCGCGAGGAGAGCGAGAGAACGAAGUGGGCUUUGGUGAUGUCGGAAUUUGCACCUAUUUGUAUCUAUUUAGUGAUCAGUCCGCUAGUUUCUUUGAUUCCACUCGGUGUUCCUUUUCCAUUUGCUUCCAAUAGUUCGACCUAUCCAGAAAAAUUGUCGGCCUACGAAUGUGGUUCCGAUCCCUCCGGUGAUGCCAGAAGUCGUUUCGAUAUACGAUUUUAUCUGGUUCCUAUUUUAUUUAUUAUCCCUGAUCCGGAAGUCACCUUUUCUUUUCCUUGGGCAGUACCUCCUAACAAGAUUGAUCUGUUUGGAUCUUGGUCCAUGAUGGCCUUUUUAUUGAUUUUGACGAUUGGAUCUCUCUAUGAAUGGAAAAGGGGUGCUUCGGAUCGGGAGUAACCACUUUAGAAAGGGCAAAGGG